AGCGGCGCGCCGCCAUCUUACCUGCUCGCUCGCUCGUUCGCUCGUCCGUUCUGCUUCGCUCUGCGGCUGAGGGGGGCCGGCGCGUUUCGGGGCCGCGCUCGGUGCCCGCCGGCCUCUGCCGAGGAGCAGGAAGAGGGGAGCCGCGGGGCGGCCGGGCCGCGUUUCCCGGCGAAGGAGAAGCGAGAGCGGGGCCCGCGGGGAGCAGCCGCCGCUCGGUUGGUUCCGCCCCCUUCGUGGCGCUGGGCCUCCUGCCCCUGCCGAGCGGCCUCUGCCGAACCGGGAGGCAGCCUCGGGGGGCAGGGGGAGGCGCGGCGGGAGCCGGGGUCCCGGCCGGCGGGGCGGCACGGAGCCCGCCGCCGUCGUUGGUGGUGCUGCUGCCGGGGAGGCGCGGGGCCCGGGCCGCUCUGGAUGGUGGUUAAAAUGAUCAUAGAAAACUUCGAAGCGCUGAAAUCCUGGCUCAGCAAAACGUUGGAGCCCAUAUGUGAUGCAGAUCCAUCUGCCCUAGCUAAAUAUGUUCUGGCUUUGGUAAAAAAGGAUAAAAGUGAAAAGGAGCUGAAGGCAUUGUGUGUUGAUCAGCUGGAUGUAUUUCUUCAGAAAGAAACUCAGAUAUUUGUGGAAAAACUGUUUGAUGCUGUGAAUACAAAAAGCUAUCUACCUCCAACAGAACAGCCAUCAUCAGGAAGCCUAAAAGUAGAGUUCUUUCAGCACCAGGAGAAAGAGACGAAAAAAGAAGAGAUAGUUAAAGAGGAAGAGCGAGAGAAGAAGUUCUCCAGAAGGCUAAAUCACAGCCCUCCUCAAUCAAGUUCACGCUACAGAGAUACCAGGAGCCGCGAUGAAAGGAAAAAAGAUGAACGUUCUCGGAAGAGAGAUUAUGACCGAAAUCCUCCCAGAAGAGAUUCCUACAGGGAUCGAUACAACAGAAGAAGAGGGAGAAGUCGAAGCUACAGCAGGAGUCGGAGUAGGAGCUGGAGCAAAGAGAGAUUGCGGGACAGGGAUCGAGACCGAAGCAGAAGCCGAAGUAGAACACGAAGCAGAGGUACCAACAGUUGGUCUCUAAAAUACGAAAGGGAUUUGGGAAAGCCAAAAUAUGAUAUGGAUAGAACAGAUCCAUUAGAAAACAAUUAUACUCCAGUUUCUUCUGUAACAAAUAUUUCAUCUGGCCACUAUCCUGUCCCUACACUGAGCAGCACUAUUACUGUUAUUGCUCCUGCUCAUCAUGGAAACAACACUACUGAAAGCUGGUCAGAAUUCCAUGAAGAGCAGCUGGACCACAACUCCUACGGAAGACCUCCACUGCCAAAGAAACGCUGUAGAGAUUAUGAUGAAAAGGGUUUCUGUAUGAGAGGAGAUAUGUGCCCUUUUGAUCAUGGAAGCGAUCCAGUAGUGGUAGAAGAUGUGAAUCUUCCUGGCAUUCUGCCUUUUCCAGCACAACCCCCUGUUGUCGAAGGACCACCUCCUCCUGGACUUCCUCCCCCUCCACCAAUUCUGAGUCCUCCUCCUGUUAACCUUAGACCUCCAGUACCACCACCAGGCCCCUUACCACCUAGCCUUCCACCUGUAACAGGACCACCACCUCCUCUUCCCCCUCUGCAGCCUGCUGGCAUGGAUGCUCCCCCAAAUUCAGCAACUAGCUCAGUUCCUACUGUUGUUACAACGGGUAUUCAUCACCAGCCGCCUCCUGCUCCACCCUCUCUUUUUACAGCAGGUGUAGUACUGAGGCUUUGCCCACAAGAAACGUACGACACAGAUGGCUACAAUCCAGAAGCUCCAAGUAUAACAAACACUUCCAGACCUAUGUAUAGACAUAGAGUACAUGCUCAAAGACCAAAUUUGAUAGGACUCACAUCAGGUGAUAUGGAUCUACCACCCAGAGAAAAACCUCCUAAUAAAAGCAGUAUGAGAAUAGUGGUAGAUGCUGAAUCCAGGAAAAGAACAAUUGGUGCAGGAGAUGGUGGAGUUCCUACAAAGAAGACUUGGUUUGACAAGCAAAAUUUUAACAGAACAAAUAGUCCAGGUUUCCAGAAGAAGGUACAGUUUGGAAAUGAAAACACAAAACUUGAAUUGAGGAAAGUUCCUCCAGAACUUAACAAUAUCAGCAAACUUAAUGAUCACUUCAGUAAAUUCGGAAAUUUGGUCAACUUGCAGGUUGCUUAUCAAGGUGAUCCAGAAGGUGCUCUUAUUCAGUUUGCCACACAUGAGGAAGCCAAGAAAGCUAUAUCGAGUACAGAAGCAGUAUUAAAUAAUCGUUUUAUCAAAGUUUACUGGCAUCGAGAGGGAAGUGCACCACAAAUCCAAACUACUGCGCAGAAGGUAAUACAACCCUUAGUUCAACAACCGAGUCUACCAGUAGUGAAACAGUCAGUCAAGGAGCGACUAGGUCCAGUACCUGCAAGUAAUAUUGAACCUACAGAAGCACAGAGUGCCAAUACAGAAGUCACUCAGAAUGUGACUAAAUUAUCUGUGAAGGAUAGACUGGGUUUUGUCUCAAAGCCAGUUACUCCUGCAACUGAAAAGGUUUUAUCCACUUCUACUGGCUUGACAAAAACUGUGUACAACCCUGCUGCUUUGAAGGCAGCACAGAAAUCUUUGCCUGUUGUUUCCACUUCCGUGCUAGACUCUAAUGAAGCACAGAAGAAAAAACAGGAAGCACUGCGACUUCAACAAGAUGUGAGAAAAAAGAAGCAAGAAAUCUUAGAGAAGCACAUUGAAACACAGAAGAUGCUGAUUUCAAAGCUUGAGAAAAAUAAAGCCAUGAAGUCAGAAGACAAAGCAGAAAUCAUGAAAACACUGGAGAUUUUAACUAACAGCAUUACGAAGUUAAAGGAUGAAUUAAAAGGUGUAUCAUCAGGAGGAGGGACUCCUCUAAAAAGCAUGAAAACUAAGACUCAGAUGCAGAAAGAGUUACUAGAUACUGAACUGGAUUUAUACAAGAAGAUGCAAGCUGGGGAGGAAGUUACUGAAUUAAGACGGAAAUACACAGAGCUGCAGCUGGAAGCUGCCAAACGAGGAAUUCUUUCUUCAGUUCGUGGUAGAGGGGUCCAUGCAAGAGGUCGAGGUGCAUCACGUAGCAGAGGUAGAGGAAUACGUGGACGGGGUAGAGGCAGAGGAGUUCCUGUGCACGCUGUUGUGGAUCAUCGACCAAGGGCAUUAGAAAUAUCUGCGUUUACAGAAAGUGAUAGAGAAGAUCUUCUUCCUCAUUUUGCGCAAUACGGUGAAAUUGAAGAUUGCCAGAUAGAUGACUCUUCGCUCCAUGCGGUCAUUACCUUUAAGACGAGAGCAGAAGCUGAAGCUGCUGCAAUUCAUGGGUCUCGGUUUAAAGGACAGGAGUUAAAGUUGGCAUGGAACAAGCCUGUUGCUAGUAUGUCAGCUGUUGAAACAGAAGAAGCUGAGCCUGAUGAAGAAGAAUUUCAGGAAGAAUCUUUGGUGGAUGACUCUCUUCUUCAAGAUGACGACGAAGAGGAGGAGGAUAAUGAAUCUCGUUCAUGGAGAAGAUGAUUCAACUGACCGACGACAGUGCUAGAACUGCACCUGUGUUGCAUUAGUAUUACCUAAUGUACUUCUGCAUCUUUGUAUUAAAAGGGGUUUUGUGAUGAAGUUGAAUUCGGAUAUAGACUAAGAAGAAGCUGAUCAGUUACACAUUUUGAGAGAUUGAUGUUUGAGUUACAUUUCAGUAAAUGAUUGCUAAAGACAUCAUACUAGGAACAUAUGCAAUGUUUUUAUUACAUAGUUCUACAGAAAGUUACAGAAUUCUUUGGGUUCUUUGUAAUUUACUGAAUUGGUCAAGCACAAAUGACCAGAAGUUGUUAUAACAUAGAUAAUUUUUGUUCUAUUCCAGAUACGGAAUGAAAAUUUGCAUUUAAAAUCUUUGUGAAUGUUUUCAGAAAUGAAUAGAUAACAGUACUAAACUGAGGUCUCUAAAGUUAUGUAUUCAUAAUAUUGCAUAGUAGUAUGCUUAGGCUUUACUAUGUACUAGCCUUUUGUUGGAUUUGUGUACGUAUUUUACCUAUGGGUUUUAAUGAUAAAGUGUAUGACUGCUUUGCAUAUAAGUCCUUAUGACUUUAAGAUGUUAAAAAAUAAAUAAAUGGAAUGGUCUUCAAAAAAAAAAAAGAAAAAGAAAAAGAAAAAAAAGCAAUAACCAAAAAAGAUAAGGCAAUGGUCCUUCAUAAUGAAAAAAAAAAAAAGAAAAGAAAAGGAAAAAAAAAAAAGAAAAGAAAAAAGACCAUUUCAAAUGGCAACCCCACCCCCAUACUCACAAAAAGAGCUCUAAUCACUUUCACAUUAAAAUAGUAUUGAAUGUAAAAGAAAAAUCUUGAAAUAAUGAAGUUUCAUUUAAUUUAACUCACAGAUGAACUCUGCCACAUAAAAGGCUUUGAAUGUCUUCUGAAUUUUAAAGCUUUUUUAAGUCAAACUUUAGGUAGAAUAAUGAUUCAACAGUAAGGAAUUUAUUCUUUAUCCUGCACUGUACAACUGCCGAAGAAAACUUAGUCCCACAGAAACAUGUGCACUACUUGAAUGUAGUUUAGGAAGAUGAGAGUAUGAGAAGUGGAAUAUUUGGUAGGUAUGAUUCUAAAAACUUCGAUCACACGUGCUAAUACAUUUUUUUUCUCUAUUUCUGUAGUUCUAUCAUGACAUUUUUCUUAAGUAGAAUUUGGCAGUCAGCAAGUUCACACUAUAAUGUCUUUUUGUCAUGUGAAAACAUAUAUACAUGAAAUGUACACUGUAGAAAUAUUUAAUUGGCUGCAAGAGAGCAUUAUGUUGUGCAGGAUCUGAAGCUUCUCCUUUUCUUAGGAAGGAGAACUCGCUAGCUCUUUGCAUUCUGCUGCUGCAUUUGCAAAAGAAAAACAUUUGUUAAACACUAGUUCUUUUUUAUUUCCAUCAACUCAUUCAUUAUUAUAGUGUAAAAUCUUAUCUUACAAAAAGAUGCAGGGAAUAGUAUUUCAGUCUAUUUUCCUUAGUCCUUGUGUUUCUCCAUUUUGGAGGGGAGGGGAAGUGAGGGAGGUCUGCACCUCCUACCCACCCCUCCCCCCUUUUUUUUUAAAGUCCAUAAUAGGAACAGAGCUACUUAGAAAUGGUAUUCCAGAGAGAAGAGGUCUCACUGUAGAGGUUUUGUUCCAUGCUUUUUAGAUGUUGGAUGGUUUUCUGAGGCCCUAAUCUUGUUUCUUUCUAUGUUCCUGUAUGUAUGCAUAUCUUCGUGCAAAAAUAUGCACUUCAUUUUUUUUGUACAGACUUAGUUUCACAUUGAAAUACCACGCUUAACUGCCAUGCUUGUUACAGUAAGUUCAAAAUCUUGCCUUAACAAGCUGUAUUUGAGGAAUUGGUUUCCUUUUACACUGAAUUUAAGGCAAAAUAAAAUUUUUUAAGAACUUUUUUAUACAAUGA